CAAAUGUCCCAUCACACAGACAUAAAACCAGUUUUACAACACAUUGGAAUAUUUACAAUAAGGGUGCAACAGACCAUCAUAUUUGGGUCAUAAAAGGAUUUCCCCCCCUUCUUGUGGGUUGAGGAUCAAAAGUGCUGAGGGGCGGCUGCUACUGCUGGGUAAAGAGAAUUGAUACUGCUCACCAGGACUCUGGAGGAGGCACUAUGGAAAAGCAAUAGAAAUCCCCAUGGAUAAAGACUAAUUCCAAAUGCCAAAACAAUGCACCAGGACAUCGUGUCUUGAGCUAAACACCAAGAUGUUGCUGUGGUCACAUCACUUCUGAGCCAAACACCCCAGAGAAAGAUUGGAAUCAUAAUUUUGGAUGUGACUAAUCCUUUCUCUCAAAGUUCUGCGUGGAGGAAGUCUGCCAAGGAGAUCCAGAAAUAACACAGCAUAAAAAGAUGUUUACAGAACUCUGAAUUGAUUUCUCUUUCUACAACCAAUUACUGCCAAAUGCCAUCUUGAGCUAGGGAAUACACUUCCAUGCCGCUUUUGCCUGGUUUGGAGACGUGCGCUUCGGGCAGUGCAGCAUGGCCAGUUCCCCAAUGUGCUCCACAAGCCUCCGUGACUUUGGCUCGGGCUCCUAUUCCGUUGGACACGGAGAUUAUUUCUCGCCUGGUUUUGCCCUUUUGCUUGCUGUGGCGCUCCUUGUGAGGGGAGGUGCCACGUAUGAUCUUAUACCCCCAGUAAAUGCUUGGCUGAUUUUGGCGCAGAGUGCCAUAAAUACUACGGCCUUUUGCUUGCCCCAUGUUCCUGCAGUGGGAGCUGUUAUGGAAACCUGCUUUGUGGGUGUUUGUACCGAAUUGGAGGUGUUGCAGCGGCACACCUGGCUGUUUCACUGGCUGUUUCGUAUUUCCAAGGAUAUACCUUAUGAGGAGUUGUAUGUUUUGGGGCCUGGAGCCUUUUCAUAUAAGCUAGAUGCCAGUAUGUUUUCCUUUCGUUUGGCUAAUGUGACAGUUGCCGUUAUUUGUUUGAAUUUUGUUAAUACUAAGCAUGUAGCUAUUAAUUAUAAUAAUGUGGAACUUACCUGUCGCCAUAAGAGGAACGUGACCUUUGCUUAUGCACAUAUGAAGUUGCCCCUGGGGUGGUUUUUGUUAUGCGGCCGCACAGCCUUUACUUACAUUCCAGCCAAUAGUUCAGGUGGCCCCUGUGCUAUUGGCCGUGUGGCCCCUUUGUUGUUUCCCCAUCCCAUAGUGAAGGGGCAUCGCCAGCGGCGGGAGAGCAUUUCCUUAAGUCCUACCUGCAAGGCAGAUGUUACCUUGUUUUCAGAACAAGAGGCAGCAGCCCUUGCCUUUACCCUGGUGGGCCUCCCCGGUUUGGUGGUGCACAACUACCAUGCCGUUGCACAUCUUGCCUGCACUGUGGCAAAGGCUUUGAAUUUAACCUCUACUGUUCUUGCCUUGUUAACUCAAGAGAUGGGAGAAGUUCGCCGAGGAGUUUUGCAGAAUCGCUUGGCCAUUGAUUAUUUAUUGCUGCGGCAUGGUCAUCCCUGUUCUGAUUUUGUGGGUAUGUGCUGCUUUAAUAUUACAGAUGCGAGUGCGGCUAUUGAUGCUGAUUUGGAUCGUUUGCGCCAUCUAGCGGAGGGCAUCCGCCAGCAACAGGGAGAUUUCUGGCUGUGGUCAUGGCUGUCGUCGCUACGUGGCUGGGCUGCACAUUUAUUGCAAGGUUUUAUGCUAGGGCUGCUGUGUAUUUUCGCUGCUUGCCUUUUGUAUUUUUGUUAUUUGUGUGGCCGCCGUUGCUGUUGUGUGGCACGCACAUUGGCAGAACCCUCCUGGCCCCUUGGGCCACUUGCGUUACCUGGAGGGGGGAUGUGAUAGGUGAGAGCAGGGCACUGCGGAAGAUAUUGUUACGGCUUAGUUAGAUAGCUGGUGUUUUAUUUGCCCUUUUGCUUUGGUUUGUGUGAAUGUAGUAUUGAUAUUGUGAGUUGGGAUUGUUUUGCUAUUGCUUUUUUUUUGUUUUGAUUUUGAGUUAAGGGGGGAGGUGUUGGGAAUAUUUUGCUAGCUCGGCAAAUGGUAGUGUGGGAAGCUUGAGAUGUUUAGGUUUUUAGGUUGGGUU